UGGGGAUCUCUCCGAUCCGCGAGCUUCUCCGCGUUACAGUCGCACCAUCACGUGAUGUGCUUGACGGUUCAUCCAACAGUCUCACUUUCGCAGGCACACUGAAAAGCGUUGCAACUGCAAGCAUCGGUACGACUUUGCCAUAACGGAGCUAGCUUGGUUACUCCAUUGGAACAGAGCCUAACGAACCACAUCCCAAUCUCUCGAAAUCUCGAACUCUCUCUCUCUCCCCAAUGGAGAAAUCAAAAGCUUCUACCGAGAGCCCUGACGAGAGCACUGAUGAUACCCCCAUCAGCGAACACGAUUCCAUGUCUGAUGCAGAAGAAGAGACCAUCGAACUCAAGAAGGCCAACGGGAGUGGUACUAGUACUGAUGGAUCACAGUGUCAAGAUCAGCAGGAUCAGCUGGAUGAUUUGGAUCCUGAAAAGGGCCAAAAGGGAGCACCCGAUAUUGAUAAGCAAUCAGGGACCCUCAUACGAUUUUUAGCAAAGAGUGCCCUCACGCGGACCACUCCUGUCGCUGUUUCGGAGGGUGAACACAUGGAUUCAGUUGUUGGCUCUAUUGAACCUUUCCCAACAAGCUUAGCAAGAUCGUCCAGAGAACCUUCACAGCCAGGGGCGUACGCCGAAGGUGGCGAGCGGAUCAGCACACCACAAUUUGGAGAGAAUCAAAUAAAUGAGCCACGUCAUCCUCUAGAAGUAGUAGACGAGGCCAACAUCUCUCCUGCUGAAACAACAGAAGGGCUUGUGGAGGCCACACCCGUCGAAUCCCCAAUUAUGGCGUCAGAGCCGGCAGAGCCUGUGGAUCAUGAUAGGCAGCAAGGCAAUGUGAUGCAGCAAGGUCCUAAGACAUGGAAUUGGAUUGGGUGCAUUUCUGCCGCCCUUAUCGCAGUUUUGCUACUAUUUGUUUCGAUCGUAGUCCUGGACAACCCCUCAUCAGUGGAAACACCAACCCCAUCCACUAACACGACCAAACUUAGUGGAGAAGAUGAUAGUGUUGUGACCAUUGUUUUAUCAAGUGGAUUGCAGUUGAAUGUUCCUCUGGAAUUGAUGAAUAACACACUACAAAUUCUGGAAAAUGAUAUGUAUGCAACAACGCCCCAAGUCAGAGCCUACAAGUGGGCCCAGAACGAUCCUUGGCUUGGGAACUACUCGGAAGAGCAACUGCAACAACGGUUUUCCCUGGUGACGGUUUACUACUCCACAAAUGGAAAUACCAGUUGGAGGCAAGUUGGAGGCGGGAUGGUGUCAGCUCUGUACCGCAACUCGACCAUUGAAAAGAAGAUCGAAGAAUACCAAGUUGCACCAGUUGUACCAGCGCCUUCCUUGGGUGCAAGCAAUAGACCACCAGGGAGUGGUUCUGGCAGUGGACCACCACCAGGGGGUCUGCCUCCUGGAAUAGAAAGAGUCAAUGUCACCUCCAAAGCAUGGCUUUCUUACGAUGAUGAAUGUGAGUGGUUUUCAUCUACUUUUCGAGCUACUGGAAACACCAUCUGUAAUGAGCAUGGCACAAUGCAAACUCUAUCACUCAAGAGGAAUGGGCUAUCCGGUCGAAUCCCCGAAGAGAUUGGGAUGCUGACCAACUUGAAAGCUGUACAUUUGUGGAAGAACCAAUUGAAUGGUCCUAUCGUCUCACAAUUUGGAGCCAUGUCCAACCUAAUGGAACUCAACUUGGUCGAAAAUGCCCUCAGCGGAACAAUCCCAAAGGAAAUUGGGAAAUUGUCCAAUUCACUCAGGUUCUUUGCGGCUGGUGGUGGCCCUCUGACUGGGAGCCUGCCACAAGAGCUUUGGCAAUUAUCCAAAAUGAAGAUUCUGCAUGUUGCUCAUACAGAAAUCACUGGCAGCUUGCCACUCAAUUUGGCCAAUCACAUGCCAGAUUUGAAGGUGCUGGUACUACACCUCAACCAGCUCUCGGGGCAACUUCCCACAUCACUGCCGACUGGGUUGGUUGCCUUGCGUGCCGAGGACAAUGGACUCACUGGUUCGAUUCCUUCUGAGUUUGGAUUGCUGGGGUCUUCCUUGACAAAGUUAUUGCUCAGUGGAAACCAACUUUCAGGAACGUUUGCAACAGAAUUUGGAUUGCUAUCCACUCUGUUUGAGCUGUCGUUAGACGGCAAUGAACAGAUAUCGGGCCCUCUCCCAUCAGAGCUUGGUUUGUUAAAUGAAACCUUGGUGACUCUGAAGCUGGAGGGGACUUUGAUCACUGGAAGCAUUCCAAGUGAACUUUGUAGUGUCCCGAGGCUAACAUUUGACUGUUCUCCGGGGAGACUUUGUGGCUGUGAUUGUCCAUGUGCACAACUUUGAUGAGCCUAGCAGCUUCCAAGAAGUGCAAAUUGGACAUCGUCGGGGGUCGACACUACAAAGCUCUGACCUGUUUUUGAGCUAGGUAGCUGCUAAUUGGUAAAUAGCCAGCUACUUAAUUCCAACCGUACUGUUGAUGCUGCCAAUGCUAGCUAGCAGUUAACAUGGAUGCUUUCGGAUCCUUUCCGCGCACAAUUUGCUCACUGGAGUCGUUCCCAGCAACUUGGACAAUUGACGACUGCAGAAUAGCUUCGAUUGGAGAACAAGCGCCUUCUGGUCAGAGUCUCAGUGAAUUGAGUAAACUGAGAAGGUUUGAAUACCCAGCUACUACCGUCGUACUAAGCUUGGCAAACAAAGCUUAUCCGGUCCAAUCCCUCGAGAUCCUUGGUCUCUACAAGCAACAUGGCGCACCUUAUCAUUGAGCAGGAAACCCCUGGCCUGUUUGCAUAGGGACCAUUCCAGAAGACAGGUUAAUGGCCCUGUUGUAUUGGAUCAAUGGGCGCUUUCUUUGAUUGGGCUGACUACUUUUAAAAGUUACGGCAGCAAUUGCUCAUCGUGCUGGUGGCUAAAUCAUACGAUAAUAUACAUUUGAUUCGCCUA